AUGAUGUCCACAUUACAGUGUAUAUGGAUGCACAGGUCCCUGGACCACUGGCAGCAGGUGCCACCUGAUGUUUCUAUGACAACACGUCACCUGGACAACGGCUGUUGUUGUUUACCCACAACUCACAGUUGGACCGAGAGGACGGAUGUCUACAGGAUCCCAGAGAUAGCGGCUUCUAGAGGAAGAGGAGACGGCGAGAAGGAGAAGAUGAAGAGGGAAGAGGAGCAGAUGGAGAGCGGACAGAAGAGAGAAGAGGAGAGGAAGAGUGAAGAGGAGAGUGAAGAGGUGGAGAAGAGAGAAGAGGAGAGGAAGAGCGAAGAGGAGGUGGAGAAGAAAGGAGAGAAGAGGAAGAGAGAAGAGGAGGAGGAGAAGAGAGAAGAGAAGAGGAAGAGGGAAGAGGGGAGCGAGGAGGUGGAGAAGACAGGUCAGAAGAGGAAGAGAGAAGAGGAGAGUGAAGAGGAGGAGAAGAGAGAAGAGAAGAGGAAGAAGGUGGAAGAGAGUGAGGAGGUGGAGAAAAAGAGGAGAGGAGAGGAUGCCAGAGUAUUGGAGGAUGAGGAGCCAAGACCAGGCACCAGCCAGGACCCCGGAACAUCGAGCAACUACCCCAAAUUUAACAUCACACACCUAACUGUCCAUCAGGUAUUGGGUAAGGGCAGCUUUGGAGUGGUGGGCCUGGCAUCAGUCCCCGGCCGAAACAACUACGUCGCCAUAAAAGGAAUCACCAAAACAGCGAACAAUGCAGCAACCCUACAGAGAGAGCGACGGAUACUCAUGCUGGCCCGAGACUGCCCGUUCCUGUGUCACCUGUAUGCUGCACAGCAGUCUCAGGACAAUGCCUUCUUCAUCACCGAGUAUCUGUCCGGCGGCAGCCUGGAGGCUUUGCUCAGAAUGUGCAGCAGUCUGAACACCGACACAGUAAGGUUUUACACAGCUGAGAUUGCAUGUGGCCUCCAGUUCCUUCACAGACAGAACAUUGUCCACCGACCUGAGUAUAGGCCAGAUGAAGCACUAACCUGUGAGAAACGGCUACUGUUGCCUGCUGUACCCCUCCCCCCCACACUGUCCCUCUCCUGUAACUAUUAUAGACAUCAAGCCAGAUAACAUCAUGCUGGAUAAAGAUGGACACAUCCGCAUCAUAGAUCUCGGAGUUGCCCAAGAUGGUGUCACCUUCUCCAACAAGAUCCAAGGAGUGACGGGCACAUUACCUUACAUGGCCCCAGAGGUGCUCCAGAGGAAGGACUACUAUGCAGCAGUUGACUGGUGGAGCCUGGGGAUUGUUGUAUCCCGGAUGUCAGCAGGACGUUCCCCAUUCUACUUUGGCUGCAACAGAGAAAUGGCUCGCAAUUCCAUCACCAGAGAGAAGCCUAAUAUUCCAUCUUGGCUCCCUGCUGACCUGAAACAUCUGAUCAAGCAACUGCUGCGCAAGAAUCCUGAGAAGCGGCUGGGUGCGAACAGGAGCAUCAGAGACCACCCAUUCUUCACCACCAUCAACUGGGAGGAACUGGAGCAGAGGAGAACACAGCCACCAUUUACACCAUUCAAGGCAGCUCUGAAGAAGGGACACCUGCCGUGGCCAGAGGUAGAGACAGCUCUUCACCCCUUGGAAGGAUUCUCUUUCAUAGCUCCAAGCUGGGAAUGGUAAGAUCAGCCCACGGCCCAGAGCUCUGUGCCAUCUCUACCAUCUGAGUGCUGCAGAUUUCCAUCAAGAUGUUACCCUGGAUCUUAGCUCUACAUCCAUCAAUAUCUGGCACCUUUUCGCCUUCUUUUGGAUCAACACAGUAUAUAAUAAGGCUUUGCCUAUACAUUUAUAUUUCACACAUAGCAAAAUAACACAUAACACACAUUUCUGAAAUUUGCAGUAUCCCCAGUAUCCCCCUACUAGAACUAAAAUAAAAUGUCAUUUUUCCACU